AUGAUCGUUUACUCUCUGAUAGAUAUCUCUCCAAAAUGGCUCCAUACGAAAUUAAGCAAUGUUCUAGACCGCAUAGCCACUAUCUCAGACCCCAAAUUGACAAGGGGAUGGAAGUCAGUGCGAGCACUGUGCAGGAAUGAGCUAUUUUCAUUGAAAGCAAUAGAGUCACAAGCCGUUUUGAGAAAGAAGAAAGUGGGAGAGAUAGUGGAAUUUUUGGGAACUAAGGAAGGAAAGGCUUGUUGGGACUUCGUAGAAUUUGAAGACGAUGGGGCAGCUAGUCGGUUGAAAAGCCUUGUCCGAAGGAUGGCAGAGCUGGGGGCUACUCCAAAUUUAGCUGACUUUUAUCCUAUAUUUGCAGAUUGGAUCCUCAAAAGACUCAAGAGAAAUUCUCAGAAAGUGUUGAAGAAAUGUUUGCGAUAUGGAGAAUUUACAUCAAGGAAAGAAGAGAUAGCUACGUCCAUGAUGCACCGAUUUCUUGGAUGCACAGAAACUACAGCCACAGCAAUAGAGUGGGUGAUAACAGAGUUGCUUAAAAGCAAAGAAGUCAUGAAGAAAGUUAGAGAAGAGCUAAAAAGAGAAAUCACAAACAGUUUCUUCAAGGAAUAUCACGUCUCUCAACUUCCAUAUUUGAAUGCCUGUCGAGAAGAAACACCAAGGUUACACCAUCCCGAACCGUUCCUCGUUCCUAACAGUGCUCUUGAGACUUGUGAGGUUAUGAAUUACACCAUUCCGAGAGAUUCUCAAGUAACUGUGAAUAUUUGGGCUAUCGAUCGGGCACGAUCCUUCAAUCUGGGAAGAUCCAUUAUCAUUCAAACCUGA